CGUCGGUCGGGUCUGCAGUGCAGGCAGGGUCAGGGGUGCGAGCGAGGGUGCGAGCAAGGGUGCGGGCGGCGCCCCCUGCAGCGAAAUGCCGCGCAACCUGGCCACGUCGGCCCUGAUCAAGCCGUUCGUGGUGCUCGCGCUGCCAGGCAUGUACCUUUUCUACAAGUACAACCAGUACAAGCGCCAGCAGCAGGAACAGACCCGCAGGAAGGUCACCGAACGAGAACUCGCCCACCUCAACCACAAAAUCGACAAGCUGUUGUGCAAGCUGGAGGAGAACGAGCCGGACGUUGCGACUUCACAGGAGGACGAGUGCGUGAUUUGCGUGAACGCGCGCGCGACGAUGCAGACGUUCCCGUGCGGGCACCGCGUCGUGUGUCGCAAGUGCUUCGUGAAGACGAUCCAGAUGGCGGUGUCGCAGCGGCUGCUGCCGCUCAGGUGCGUCAUCUGCAGGUCCAAGAUCCUGCGGCUCAAGCAGGGCGUCACCGGAGGCGUCACGCUGCCCACGUCCGCGUCGCAGUACUGCGUCGGCGUCGGCGCCAAGUGGGAGGUCCCAGCCUCCGCCUCCCUCUACUCCAUGUCUUCGGGAACCUCUUCGCUCUCUGGGAUGUCUUCCGUGAGUUCCGCGACCAACAGCAGCGUUGGCUCGACCCGCUCCAGCAAAGCGAGCUCUUCUUCUUCAACUUGUCCGGGCGUCGGGCGCCAUCACGUCUACAGACAGCCGUCGGGCGCCUCCCUCAAACGCUCGCAAACGCACCAAAUGAAAAUGCGACUGCAAGAGUACAAAGACCCCUUGGCGGCGAGUUGUGGGCCGCCGGCGAGCAGCGUGGCGAGUUGCAGCUCAGGGUCGACGGGGUCAGGUCGGUUGCCGCCGAUCCAGGAGUUCCAGCGCGAGUUCCGGGCGAGCAGGGACAGGUCGGGCGGCGCCAAGGACAAGCCGUCGGCGUCGACGCGGAUCCGGUGCGCGCAGAAAAUCGUGACGCAGCUGGAGAACCCUGCGGCGGCCAAAAAGUCCUACUUCAGGGCGUCGCCGGCCAAAGGUCUCGGCAAGGAGCAGCAGAGCAAGGCCAGCAAGAAGCAGGAGGAGAAGGAGCUGAAGCGGAAGGAGAAGGAGGAGAAGGAGAACAAGCGCAAGGAGGAGAAGGAGCAGAAGCGGAGGGAGAAGGAGGAGAACAAGCGGAGGGAGAGGGAGGAGCGGAAGGAGAGGGACGAGCAGGCCAAGAGCAAAGCCAAGGACUGACGAUAAUCGCCGCUUCGACACUUCCCACGGCCCUUUCUUGCCAGGUCGCAAAGGGAUAUCAAAGCGAAUCAAACGUUUCUUUUUCCAUAAUUAUUUUCUCUCGCUUCGUACUUUGAAUUUCUCAAAAGUCGACGCUCAAAAUCACGCGCAGCUUUUUUCAUUCAGAACUAUAAUGAAACAAUUGAUUUGUGGAGCAAUAAGUGAGCAAAGUGGAACGAUUAAAUGAUGUGCUUGCGGCAAAUUUUAUAGUCAAUUUUUCUACACGAUCUCUCUGCGGCGAGAUGUUCGAGAAACAAAAGCAAAUUAUUUGCGAGGAGAAACGAGAGCAGACGGAAUUAAAGCCACACUUAACUACGCCAUAUCCCUAACGUAUUAAUCAAAAGUUGGAGAAAAUUUAUUCGUAGGCUACGUGGUUUUUACCCCCGGUAGCUUAAUUUUAUACACGAAGCCGCGCUGGAAUAUUUUAGAAAAGAGAGGCCGUUUCGAAAGCAGUUGCCAAUAAUCUCUUGAUUUCGGAAUGAAGGUUUUAGAUGCGAAGCUCGUUUUUAGCGCGUUAGUCGGUUUUUGAAGCCGAAGUUUGAGUUGCGAUUGAAAGAAGCAGAAACAUCACAGGCUGUUGUACUCCGUAGUGCGUUUUGCCGCGCAGGAAACUUAGCGUUAAGUGUGAGUCUCCCUGUUAGGUGUAAAAAUAUAUUCGUUGUGUCUUAAAAUGUGUA